AUGUUUAAGGAAUACAACCUGCUCCGCCAUUAUAAAUCGCGCCAUAAAGACAAGUUCGGCUGUCUGACGGGGCAGCUAGCAGUGGAAAGUGUCAAAAAUCAACUGUUGAUUUUCAUCCGCGGAACUAACGAUAAGUUUGAAGUCACAGAGGAGCUUGCUGGACUACAAAGCAUCAAGGGAACGACAACAGGAGAGGAACUCUACAGGAAAGUUCACCAAACGGUGGCAGAUUUAGAUCUGGACUGGGCUAAAUUAGUGAGUGUGACCACGGAUGGUGCACCGAGCAUGGUGGGUUCUAUGAAAGGAGUGAUAGCGCGUAUCAACAGAGAAAUGAGUGAACGCGGCCAUCCUCGUCCGAUCGCCAUACACUGCCUGAUCCAUCAACAAGCACUCUGUUGCAAAGCAGUUAAGUGGGAUUCUGUCAUGGAAAUUGUGGUGUCCUGUGUUAAUUUCAUCAGAGCUCAUGCUCUUAACCACAGGCAGUUUCAGGAUUUUUUGUCUGAGCUAAAUGCUGAUUACGAAGAUGUGCUGUACCACACUGAGGUCCGCUGGUUGAGUCGAGGGCGAGUUUUGAAACGUUUCAACAACCUGCUCCCCGAGAUCAAAGCGUUUAUGCUGUUGAAAAACAAAGCUGUGCCAGAACUCACCGAUGAAGAAUGGAAAUGGCACCUUGCUUUCUUAACAGAUGUAACCGACCUACUCAACAGUCUUAAUGUGCAGCUCCAAGGCAAGGGAAGACUCAUCAGUGACAUGCAUUCGUAUAUAAAGGUGUUUGAAGUAAAACUGGGUCUCCUCCUUAAACAUGUGAAGGAGAAAAAAUUCUGCCAUUUUCCCACUACACAGAAACUGGCAGCUGAGGAGCCUUCACUUGGAUUCCCGACUGAAAAAUGUGCGGAGGCCUUUGAAAUUUUGCAACGCGAAUUUCAGGUGAGAUUUCAAGAGCUUCAUGCCCACGCCAAAGACAUUCGUCUUUUCCAGAAUCCCUUUGCUGCAGACAUUGACUGCAUCGAUCCAAUUUACCAACUGGAACUGGCUGAGUUACAAAAUUAUGACAACCUUAAAGACGCAUUCAAGUCCAGCACUUUGGUUGAUUUCUAUGCCUCUCUUCCCGACUUUUUCCAGGAUGAAACAGCUCCAAUGUCCAACGAGAUCCAGACUCUCUGA